UAGCCGUGAUGUGUGUGACUUGGGGUUGCGAUAUUUAACGUUGAGGUUUUUUAGUUAGCCGGCUUUCACCGGGUAGCUGGGUGCACACCAUCCACGUUGAAUCAAGAAAGCAGUUUUAAAAAGGAACUCAUCUCAUGUUGAGCGAACGGUGUCUAAUAAAAAAGUGAGACAACAAUUUUUUUUCACUCUGAUUCGAAGAGAAGUUUACUUUCAUUGCAGGACUAUCAAAAUCUGGUGAAGGAAUUUCAUAGGCUUCUUCAAAAUGCGACAGCCACUCAUCCAUUGGUGUUAUUUCUUGAUUCACUGGACCAACUUCACAGCUAUAACAUUACCAGGGAGAUGUCAUGGUUACCAUGUAAACUGCCACCUCAUGUAAAGAUUGUUCUCAGUUGCUUGACGGGCGACCGGGCCUUUGCUGCUCUUAAGGUAGGCCAUUUGAUAAUAAAUAUAACUUUAAUUUACAUUAUCUGACAAAUAGCUCCGAAAGAAGACACGCUGUCUGUGGCGUGUCAUAAAGAACUACACUAACAAACAAAUGUCCCACGUGACCCACUUCUAAAAUAUGCUAUCGCCUAUGUAACGCGCAUUCGCUCAAAAGAGAGAAGCUUAUUGAUUGAAUGCUGAUGCCCAAGGGUGUAUUAGUUUUUAAAGGUCCAUUUUGCUUUCUUAUCGAGGGCAUCCAUCCAUCUCAUUUCUAAAACCUCUUUUCUGACUGACUGCGAAAGGAAUGACACUAACGUUGUUCCCGAACGUGGUAAAAUGUAGAUGAAAGCACGAAGAUGCUUCAUGUGUUAUGGCUUGAGUUAGCGAUGGCCUACUUGGCUACAGGGUUCUCAAUAGAUUUUUACUGAUAAAGUAGGAGGCUCUUCAGCAAAGCCAGAGGUGUCAAAACAAAGCAAAGAAAAGCGACUUAAACACAAAGUAAGCGGCUAUAAAACCCAAAGUAAGCGGCGAUCAAUCGCCGGGUGCCGCCUUCUAUUGAGAACCCUGCUGGCUGGUGCUUCUAAAGUUCUCAAACGCCAAGAGCGAGGAUUGAGAAAGCUUACUUAUUCGUGUAAUGGGUAUUCGUGAGAUGUUGUCAGCCUCUAUAUAGACGCCUAUUUUUAUUAGGGAUAUUAUGGACCCUGUGCCUCAUACAUGUAGCUGUUUGCCUUGAUCAUCGUUCACUUUGUACCGUGGAAAACUGCCAAGCUUUCAAAGCCAUAUCAUUGUUCCUCAAACUGCCAUCCUAGCUGGUUAGCCGGCUAUGACCUAUUCUUGUUGACAGUUAAACUUACAUUUACAUCUGCGUAAGUCUGUUACUUUUCGUGAAGUUCUUUAUUGAAAGCACUGUGGCUGUGCUUUUCUUUCUGUAAACGAUCAGUUACUUCCCUAAGCAUCUUGCAGCACCUAGAUUCCUUUUCCAAGUCUUGGUAUUUUUUUUAAUCACUACAGGCCAUCGCCACUGACGAAGAUCAUUUCGUAGAGGUCCCGGAUUUUACUGAUGAUGCAGUAGUAGACUUUCUUAAAAUGAAGCUGAAUGAGAACCAAAGAAAACUGACUGAAUCGCAAGAAAAUUUCGUCCUAAAACAAGUAUCACGAUGUCCCUCUGCCCUUUGCUUGAAGCUUGCUGUGGAGCAGGCAGUUCUUUGGAGGUCGUACACGGCUGUUGAGAGCGCCAGCCUCGCUUCGUCAGUACGUGAAAUGAUCAACUCUGUGUUUGAAAAUCUGGAGCGUAAACAUGGCAGAACGUUAUUGCAUCACACACUGGCAUAUAUCACUGCAUCAAGAAAAGGCAUCAGCGAAACUGAACUAGAAGAUGUGUUAUCUUGCGAUGACAAGGUGUUGGAUGACGUCUUCUCAACUUGGGCACCGCCCAUUCGAAGGUUGCCUCCAUCGCUCUUGUCCCGAAUCAAGGCCGAUAUCGACUCCUUCCUUGCUAUGCACGUUGAAAAUGGGGUUCGCUUGAUGACUUGGAAACAUCAGCAAGUACACGAUGUUGUUAUAGAGAGAUAUCUCUUCUCGAACGAGAUAGAACUUCGCCGCUUUCACUCGGAGUUGGCAGACUAUUUCAUUGGUCGUUGGACACAAGGUGCAAAGAAAGAGGAUACCAAAGGAAAUGCAAAGGACCGCCAUGUUUCUCCUCAGCCGCUUAAAUUCAGUGAUGAUGCGUUUAACUAUAGAAAACUUAGUGAACUGCCUUAUCAUUUGCUUAAAUCUGAUGACUUUGAAAGGCUGAAGCAGAGUGCCUUAUGUAACUAUGAAUUUCUUUUGAACAAAUUAAAGGCCACGUCAGUAUACGACGUAUUAGACGAUUUUGUUGAAGCGCUCGCUGUUGAUCCGGAUGAACUUGACGUGAAACUUGUUUUCGAGACAUUGCAACUGUCGAUUGAAGCCUUAAACGUUUCUGCCGAUCAGUUGGCGUCACAACUUAUUGGACGUCUCUCUUCAUCUCGAUCGCCCUCUCCGUUCAUUGCGCGUUUGCUGCGUCAAGCGCACCAUCCUUCAAACCCGUCAUUUGUCCCUAACAUCCGUUGUUUGGCAAGACCAGGCGGCAGGCUGGUACACUCGCGUCCUGGACUGCAUGGAUCUCUGGUACUUAGCCAAGAUGGUAAGAAAGCAAUGAACGGAGGCGAUGACCAGCUGAUUAGCAUAUGGGACGUAAAGAGUGCGAGGAUCGUGAAAACACUGGACACUGCUAGAGCAGUUGGUCUCGUGGACUUCUGUCUUGAUGAUCAGUUGGCUGUUGCUUCUUGUCAAGGCGCGCUUCAGUUUUGGAACCUUGACGAGGCGGAGAUGGUGUGGGAGAUUCCCAGUACGGAAAACCCUGCCCCCAUCGCAAUAGCAGGAAUCAGAGACACUCUGGUAGUAGUUCUGGACAACGUCAUAAAAUUUAUUAACCUCAACGAUGGCACUCUAACAAGAGAUUUCUUAGAUCAGGAUUUCAAUCAUGACAAAAUUGCAGGAUUGGGUGAUAACAUUGUGCUUGCAAGCUCGCGAGCGAGCUACACCAGGCUGUAUGAUCUCCAAAGAGAAGAUAUUCGUCUUGUUAUUGAGAUCUGUGGCGAAAACGCGGACGAUUUUGUCAGCGAUGUCAUUCUCACCCCAUUCCAUAGAGGUCAACUUUUAGUCUCUACAGAAAAGUCCUGUGGUGUGAGAGUGUUUGAGUUGAUAUCAGGCAAGUGUCUUCACGUCCUAGGGCCAGAUAUACUCUACCCCACAGUGACCAAGAGUGGACGUUACUUGCUUUGUACUGACAGCUUCAAUGAUAUUGCCGUCUGGAACUUGGAAACUGCUGUAAAAGAGAAACAAAUGCUGAAACAUCCCCCGACCACCGCCAUUGUGAGAAUAGCUUGUGUCGAUUUGAAAAUGGUAGUUACCGUUUCCGACGACCUCAUGGCUCGUGUGUGGGAUCUUGAACCGCAAGGUGACGACGUUAACUUUGAAAACAACAAGGACAAGAACAGCAUCCAACAGCUUGUGUUGAUUAAAAGCAGCUUCCAGAAGCAGGUCAUCACUAAGUCAAAGACCCCGGGGCCUAUCUGUGUAUGGAAUCUAAGCUCGUGUCAAGUCAUUCGAACCUUGAACAACACUAACGCAGACGAGGUUUUGGUGGUAGAUGAGACACGCGCUGUCAUUCGCUCCGGUACAAAACUUGCCAUUAUUGACCUCCAAGAAGGGAAACUCAUUAAGCAUAUGCGAUCUGAUUUUCCUGCCAAGACGGAUAAAGUUCAUCGCCAUGCAAGCUCCCUGUACAAGCGUAGAGAUUUGGCACUACGUUUGGCUGAGAGCCCUAGAGCAGUGUCGACGAGUGUGAAGUUUAGUGAUUGUGCUUUAGUUGGCACAACGCACGUUCUUAUUCUUUCUAAAGACCGCUUGUAUCUGAAACUCGCCUCCCUUGAGACUGGAGAACUCGUGACAAAGCUUAAAGCUGGUCAAGACGCUGUUAUUGAAACAGUCAUGGUCAGUGGUAAUGGCUUGGUUGCUGUGUGCUCUUGCGAGAAUGCUCCUCUCAUCGUGUGGGAUCUAAGGGAGAAAUCCAAGCGAUAUACGCUGGAAAUAAGUGGCCACUACCCACGCCUCACAACUGCAGACAUCAGUUCUAAUGGGCAUUACCUUGUUGACGUUGUAAAACUGGACAAGGCACACAAGUCAGUGGUAACCUGGGACCUAGAGACUGGAAAAGUCAAGCACAUCAUCGGUCAGGGGAUGAAAGUGUGGAAAGUAGCGUCCUCUUGUCUGAGCAUGCGCAUGGUAGUAGCGGGAACUAUUGGAACGAGUGAAACGAUAAGAGUGUACGACUUGGUGUCUGGUGCGUUUUAUCAUCAGCUGAAUGGCCACACGGAACCUGUCAAAGGUGUCUGCCUUUCCAAAGAUGGAAAACGAGCUCUUUCCUUCGUUCCUGUUGGUGUUCGCGAUCGUACCAUUCGCUUAUGGGACUUGCUCACGGGUACACUUCUGGCCUCAUUCACUCCAGAUCUUCCAGUCUCUAACUGUAUUUUGACAGAUGACGGUGACCAGGUUGUCAUGGUGAUAAACAAGUCUCGGCCAAUCGUAUCUCUAACACUGUCGCAUGAGGUUGGAUCAAGGGAACUGUCUGUGGAUGUUUCUAAUCCGUAUUUUAGCCACCCCACUCUACACGGGGCCGUGUUUGAUAUGAGCAAGGAACUUGAAUGGGAGGACGAAGAGAGUGAAUUUGAAAUUGAUGUAUGAAGUUCGUUACGUAAAUUACACGUCAUGUUCUUUGCGAGGAUGUUAUCUUUCACGGCAAUUUCGUAUGACUUAACAAGUGGAUUUUUUUUGGACGAAAAGUUCCAGCCGUUGGGUUCAAGCUGGGAAAAUUUUGGUGCUUGGGAUAGGUGUUUGUUUAUAGGAGGUGGUCGCUUACAAGAGGUGGCUGCACGUGAAGGCUUGACCUUAUGUCUUAUGAGAAAGCAACAACCGUGAUUAAGAAAAUUUGAAGGGGGGAAGGUUUUCUUGUUUUUAUUCUCUUGUAAGGGACCACUUGCCACAUGGUGUGAUCUCCAAUUUAAAUGUCUUUACUACAUUACUCAGAGAGUAUGUGAAACAUCUACACUCAUAGAAACUUAGAAAUUAUACGUAUUGAAUUAUUCGAGUCUAUUAAGUAGACGAGACCCCUGUGGUUCUCCUCUGGUAAGCGAACACUAAAUCUUGGCAGGUUGGGUGGUCGAUUACGGAUAGUUUCGACUGUAGAAUGAAUACCGUAAAUCCUAUUUUAAGCCCCCUCGUGGCCUAUUUUUUCAAGGACGUCUCAGCGGGAAGGGGGCUUAUUUUAUUUAGCGAAGACGGUGGUAUCGGUCCUUUACAAAGAUGAAGAACACAAAGUGGAAAAGGAUAUGAAGUUGGAGAACAAAUACAGUAGUGGAAGCUCUCGUGAGCUGACGCCCUCGGGACGCGAAAAAGGUGUAAGUAUUGAACCUAGCCUCUUACGGGAAUGUAAAAAUACAGAGUCUGUAUGGGAGUUGAGAAAAACUGGGUUUUGUGAAGGCGGCCGUAAGUAGAGCUGUUCGCUUACGAGGGUGCCCGUUAGGAGAGACUUCAGCACGCAAAUAAACCAUACCGGAGUGCCUUACAAUCGGGAUUUAUUAAUACAGUCUACCAUUUUUCAAUUUCGUGACGAAAG